CAACAAGGGCUGCAAUGACACAACACCAUGCACUUCGUGGCAACAUGGCUGAUGUAUCAGCAAAAGACUCAUCCCAGGAAACUGCAGUCAACCUUAUAGCAUCCUUAACUGCACUCUUCAUUAUUUCUGUUUUUGUAAUUCACUUUUCAUAUUCACUCUCAUGUUGAUACUGCAUAUUGUGUUCAACUACUUUGCCGUUCGAGCAGUAUGCCUCAGAACCCUUAAUGAACCACGCUUUAUACAAGUAAUUGAUACUUAUCUGAAGAAGGAGGUAAUAGCAAAUCCUUGUGAGAUAAACCGAAGUGAGCCUAUUUUAUUCUAUCAACUUGGUUCCAAUUUGUUAGACUUAAAAAUAUGUGGAUUUCAAAUCAAACUUGGUGGUUCGAUGGCGCAAAUAAUCAAAGAGUCGCCGAAAGCAUCGCACCUAAAGGAAAUUAAAAACAUAUACAAUGAGAGGAAAUACAUUUUAUAUCCAAACACUAACUACAGGAUCAUGUAUAUAUUUAUCAAAGAUAAAUCAUCAACCGAUGAUAUACUGUGCGCGUAUUUUCACGCUGUAUUGCUAUCUAUAACAACCUGUGCCAUAAAUAAUUAUAAAUUGCCCUUGUCCCACAAUGCCAAAGACCUUAAACCAUUUGCCGAAGUAUGUAAAAUGCUACAAUCAGUUGAAUGGAGCAGAAAAUCAGGCAAACACACUGGCUUUAUCUAUGAACCAUCCUACGAAUUACAACGCUAUAUAAACAGUAUUGCCACACAAGAAUGGCAGGGAGUUAAAUCGGGUCUCAUACAAACUGGAUGGGAUUUGAGCAAGCAUUUAUUAAUGGUGGACGAAUGGCGAGUAUGCGCCGGACAGUCAUCAUAAAAUGAAAUAAUAUUAGAACAUAUAGAGCCCCACAAUAUUCCACAAUAUACCAUUAAUACAAUUUUCGAUUAAGCGAUAUCGAGCAACAUCAGACAUGUUCAGACAAGAAAUAGGAAACGACCUUGACGAUUUAUUUAAUAUAAGAUGUUCACAGUACAAC